AUGACGUCAAGAUUGUUUGUGGAGAGACGCCCCGCGCCCUUCCAGCUGAAAAAGGCCGCGAAGAGGUUGGUGGUGAAGGUGUUGGCCUAUCACCGCGGAAAGGCGCUGCCCAAGAUGGCAAGGAUGUCAAGGAAGCUGACGCGUCCCGGCCAGAGGAUGCUCCCGGCUAUCUUCCUUGGGCGCCGAAAGAUGGCGUUGAUCUGGAACAGGCUCGCCCUGGUGGCCCUGGUGGUGGCCCUGGUGGUGGCCCUUCUGGUUCCAAGGAAUCACCGCGAGUCGAUGACGCUGCAGCGGGAGGAGCAGCUCAGGAGGAGAAGCAGGCGGUCAGGUGCUUCCGUGGGGCGCGCCUGA